AUGGUGCCGCCUGCUAUUGCAUACCACGGUGUCGUCACCUCAGAUACAGGCAUGGUGAAAGAGAGCGUACAGCAGUGCCGGCUAUACUGCGAGGUGCUGGGCACGUCGAAAGGGUAUUGGCGACAUAUCGCCAAUGACGAAGGCACAGACAGCGUAAAGAGCGAUGACGGCGCGUGGUGUACGAGCAAUGCCUGGGCUGCAGCUGGGAUGACUAGGGUCCUAGCAACAUUGCGCAAAUCUCAAUAUCAAUCGGAAACCGCUGAUGAGCAGAGUACGCUACUGGAUAUGACCAAAGACAUUCUUGACGGCGCGAUAGAGGCUGAUACUGAUGCAUCCGGCCUGUUGCGCAACUAUCUCGAUGACGAGACAUGGUUUGCAGAGGUUGCUGGGACAGCAUUAAUGGCAGCUACGGUCUUCAGAAUAGCAGUCCUCGAGCCUGGCACAUUCGGGGAACGUCGCCAUCUAGAUGAGGAAACUGGUGUUGCGGCACCUGUGGUCAACUCACUGAAGGAGGGUCAGCGGACACCGCUCAACGGUAUCAAUCCGGAGGGACAGGCUUUUGUCGUAUUGUUAUACGCUGCAUGGAGAGACUGGAGGACUGCUGCAGAUAAUGCAUCAAUCGCGAUGACCGGAAUUUACGCGUCGAGGACAUGA